AUGUCCAUUUCUGGGACUCUUAGCAAUUAUUAUGUCGACUCUAUUAUAAGUCAUGAAAGUGAAGACUCGCCUUCAGCCAAAUUUUCAUCUGGGCAAUAUACAAGUUCCAGGCAAGCUGGGCAUAAUGAACAUCUAGAAUUCCCCUCUUGUAGUUUUCAGCCAAAACCUCCAGUUUUCAGCGCCUCCUGGACUCCUUUGAAUCCACAUUCUUCUGGUACCCUUCCUGCCGUCUACCAUCCAUAUAUUCAACAUCAAAGCGUCCCAUCUGAUAGCAGGUAUCUACGGAGCUGGCUGGAUCCAGUGCCCAGAGCAGAGAACCUCCCCGGGCAGGGAUCUGUUAAGGCAGAGCCGCUGCUGGGCCGUCCCGGGGAUGUCCAUAAACAGGGAACACAGGAGUACAAUUUAGAAACUUCUGCUGGAAGGGAAGGGAUCGUUUCCAAUCAAAGGCCCAGCUUCGAGGACAAUAAAGUUUGUGAAGGAAGCGAAGACAAAGACAGAACAGAUCAAACCAACCCAGCUGCCAGCUGGCUUCACGCCCGUUCCUCCAGAAAAAAGCGAUGCCCUUACACGAAAUACCAGACCCUGGAACUAGAGAAGGAGUUUUUAUUCAAUAUGUACCUGACGAGGGACCGUAGACAUGAAGUGGCCAGACUCCUCAACCUGAGUGAGAGACAAGUCAAAAUCUGGUUUCAGAACCGAAGGAUGAAAAUGAAGAAAAUGAACAAGGAACAGGGCAAAGAGUGA